CAAUGAAAAUUAAAAACUUGAUCAAGAAGUCCACAGAAACUGCCUAUAUAUAAACCCGUCCAGUACACUGCAAAAAUCAACAUAGAAUAUGGCUUCUAUGCCUGGAAUUCUUACUGAUUGGCCAUGGAAACCACUUGGAAGCUUUAAGUACCUCAUCAUGGCUCCUUGGGUCAUUCACAGCACAAUGUUGUUCAUGAUGAAUGAUGGAAAAGAUAGAGAUAUAGCUUACAUCCUCAUAUUUCCACUUAUGCUUUGGAGGAUGAUCCACAACCAGAUAUGGAUCACUCUUUCUCGAUAUCGAACAGCCAAAGGCAAUGGUCGAAUUCUUGACAAGGGUCUUGAAUUCGAUCAGGUUGACAGAGAAAGAAACUGGGAUGACCAAAUAUUGUUCAAUGGUACCCUAAUGUACCUCUCCAACCGAUUGUUCUCUGGGGCUCAAAAUGUACCACUUUGGAGGACAGACGGAGUUGUUGCAACAAUUCUACUUCAUGCUGGUCCUGUGGAGUACCUCUACUAUUGGUUUCACAGAGCACUUCACCAUCAUUAUCUCUACUCUCGCUACCAUUCUCAUCACCAUUCCUCAAUCGUUACUGAACCUAUUACUUCUGUGAUUCACCCAUUUGCGGAGCACAUAGUAUAUUCCUUGCUCUUCUCAAUACCAAUGCUAGCAACUGUGUUCAUGGGAACAGCUUCUGUCAUAUCCCUUGUUGGCUAUCAUACUUAUAUUGACUUCAUGAAUAACAUGGGACACUGCAAUUUUGAGCUCAUUCCAAACUGCCUCUUCUCUCUUUUUCCUCCUCUCAAGUAUCUUAUGUAUACCCCUUCGUUUCACUCUUUGCAUCACACACAAUUCCGAACCAAUUACUCUCUCUUCAUGCCAUUCUACGACUACGUAUAUGGCACCAUGGACAAUUCUACUGAUUCACUCUAUGAAACUUCACUCAAGAGAGAGGAGGAAUCGCCAGAUAUCCUUCAUCUAACCCAUCUAACAACACCGGAAUCCAUCUAUCAUCUACCGCUAGGGUUUGCUUCCUUGGCUUCUAUACCCCACACACCAAAAUGGUACCUAUGGUUGAUGUGGCCUGUGACAUUGUGGUACAUGGUGUUAACUCGGAUCUGUGGUCGUACAUUUGUGGUUGAGAGGCAGCGAUUUAAUAAGCUCAGAUUACAAACUUGGGUUAUACCCAAAUACACUUUGCAAUACAACUUUCGAUUCCAGAAAGAAGCUAUCAAUUGCUUAAUUGAGGAAGCCAUUGUUCAAGCUGAGAAAAAGGGUGUCAAAGUUAUAAGUCUCGGCCUCUUGAAUCAGGGUGAGGAUCUGAAUAGAUAUGGUGGUCUCUAUGUUCAAAGGCAUCCUCAUCUCAAAAUCAAGGUUGUGGAUGGAAGUAGCUUAGCAGUUGCUGUAAUCCUAAACAGCAUUCCAAAAGGGACAACUCAAGUUGUUUUCAGAGGUAACCUCACAAAGGUUGCUUAUGCCCUUGCCUUUGCUUUGUACCAGAAGGGUAUCCAGGUAGCUACAUUACACGAAGAUGAAUAUUUGAAGCUCACCAAAUCAUUGAGUGCCACUGAAAGUAGUUUGGUUCUUGCAGAAAGUUAUGCACACAAGUCAACUUUUCAGAUUUGGUUAGUUGGAGAUGGAUUGACAGAAAAAGAGCAGUUGAGUGCCCCAAGAGGAACAUUAUUUGUUCCCUUCUCCCAACUCCCACCAAAAAAACUGCGCAAAGACUGCUUCUACCACUAUACCCCAGCGAUGAAGAUUCCCUCAUCUCUUGAGAAUAUUUACUCUUGUGAGAAUUGGUUGCCAAGAAGGGUGAUGAGUGCAUGGCGUAUAGCAGGCAUAGUGCAUGCCUUGGAAGGUUGGAAGGAGCAUGAGUGUGGUUACACCAUGUCCGACACUGACAAAGUUUGGCAAGCAAGUCUUCGACAUGGUUUCCACCCACUUGUCACCACUCAACCGAUGUAAAAAUAAUGAAGAUUAUUUGCCACUUCAUGAAAAUGUUGCUAGCUAGCUAUGGACAAAUUUUCAUGCAAGCUUUAGCUAUUAUCUACCAUAAACAAACUAUGGGAUCGAACCACUUGUUUCGUUAUAUUAUAUCAUCAGUUGUGUGUAAGAGAAGAGACUUUGUCGAUCUUUUCUAAAAAUCCCUUCCAAGUACUUAUUUCUCAAAUUUACCAUUAUGAAAUAAAACAGUAUAACAUAUUGGAUAAUCAUGUACCAGAAGAUAUUUUAAUUAAAAAAUAAAAAUCUCUUCCCAAA